UUUUCACCAGCGUUCACGUCCAGACCAGAUGCGUCACCCUAAACUUGAUCAGAUCCUUCAGGAAGCUUCCAGACGAGUUCGUAGAGGUAUAAAAGCUUGAUUGUUGGCAGCGACUGAACCUCAAGAACAAUCUCAUUUCUCAGAACACAACCGAAUCCCAAACCUAACAACUAAAUUCGCCCUAAAAUGUCUUCCGUCUACUACUACGAACCCUUUUACAACUUCGAUCGCUUAUUCGACGAGUUCUCCAGAACUGGGAGAACUGCUCCUUCUCAUGCUGUCGAAGGCGGACAGGCUGUCCAGAGACACAACUCUGGAACAAUCUCUCAAUCUCUUAAACCAAGGAUGGAUCUCCACGAAAACACCGAGAAAAACACCGUGACUGCCUCCUUCGAGCUUCCCGGACUGAAAAAGGAGGACGUCAAUAUUGACGUGCACGACGGACGACUGACGGUCUCUGGAGAGACCAAGAUUUCUGAAGAACAUACUCAAGAUGGAUAUGCCGUCCGUGAACGACGAUUUGGAAAGUUUUCGAGGACGUUGAAGCUUCCCCAGGGUGUACAUGAGGAAGAGAUAAAGGCUUCCCUCGAGGACGGCAUUCUUACUGUCUCCUUCCCGAAGACUGGAAAGGAGGCGGCACGCAAGAAGAUAACCAUCUCAUAACUGUUAAAUCAUUGGACAUUUCUGGUCGAUUCCAAUUAUCACAACUCAUGUAGCAUAUAGAACGGAUGAAUCGAAUGUAUGAUAGGCUGCAG